GUGCUGUUCCAGUCAAGCUCAGAGUGUGAAUAAGACGCGGUAUGGCAUCUCUAAGGCCGAUCCAACAUACUGCCCAAGAACAUGGGAUGGCUUUGGUUGCUUCCAGGAAACAGCGCCAGGAGAAACGGCUACCAUCAGUUGCCCAGCAUAUUUUGACGAGAAUGCUGAACACGGUAUUGUUGAAAAACGGUGCACAGAAAAUGGCACAUGGGCAACACAUCCUGUAAAUGGAAAUGAGUGGACGGAUUAUUCUCUCUGUGUUUCGUUAAAGGGUUAUCGAAUUCUCUAUUAUGUGUGUGUCGUGUGUCACGCCAUCAGCCUCAUGUGUUUGAUUCCCACUUGUAUCAUCUUCAUCGCAUUUAGACAACUUCGCAAGCAACAUCGAAUUCGGAUUCAUAUAAACCUCUGUGUUUCAUUUAUUCUGACGAGCAGUGCCUGGCUAGGCUGGGAUCACUUAAUUUACCGAGACAGACUGGAAAAUUCCAAAGACGACGCCAUCAUGUACAGAAAGACGUCUUGCAAAAUCCUGUACAUGAUAUCCCGCUAUUCACUGACGUGCAACUGUUUUUGGAUGUCACUAGAAGGCUUUCAUCUGCACCGGCUGAUCAACCAGGCCUUCAAAGCCCCUAAAUCAAUCCUAAGCUAUUAUUUCGUUGGCUGGCGUAA